ACACUGUUGAAGGCACCUGCUCAGGACAAUGAAGCUCCUCAAUUACGCUUUUGUGUAUCGUCGCUUUCUCCUUGUGGUUUUCACUGUUUUGGUUUUAUUGCCACUCCCUCUCAUCAUCCGUAGCAAGGAAGCAGAAUGUGCCUACAUCCUCUUUGUUAUUGCCACAUUUUGGAUCACAGAAGCCUUGCCCCUGUCAAUCACAGCUCUACUGCCUGGGUUAAUGUUCCCCAUGUUUGGAAUCAUGUCUUCUACACAUGUAGCUUCUGCUUACUUCAAAGACUUUCACCUUCUGCUAAUUGGAGUCAUCUGCUUAGCAACAUCAAUAGAAAAAUGGAAUUUGCACAAGAGGAUUGCUCUGAGGAUGGUGAUGAUGGUGGGGGUGAAUCCGGCCUGGCUGACGUUGGGGUUCAUGAGCAGUACUGCCUUCUUAUCUAUGUGGCUUAGCAACACCUCUACUGCUGCCAUGGUGAUGCCCAUCGUGGAGGCAGUGGCGCAGCAGAUCACCAGUGCUGAAGCAGAGGCCGAGGCCACUCAGAUGACUUAUUUCAAUGAAUCUGCCGCCCAGGGACUCGAAGUUGAUGAAACUAUUAUUGGACAAGAAACAAAUGAGAGGAAAGAGAAAACAAAACCAGCUCUAGGAAGCAGUAAUGACAAAGGGAAAGUGUCAAGCAAGAUGGAGACAGAAAAGAACACAGUCACAGGAGCAAAGUAUCGGUCAAAGAAGGACCACAUGAUGUGUAAGCUCAUGUGUUUAUGUAUUGCUUACUCUUCAACCAUUGGUGGACUGACGACAAUCACUGGUACCUCCACCAACCUGAUCUUCUCCGAGCAUUUCAACACACGCUACCCUGAUUGUCGCUGCCUCAACUUUGGAUCUUGGUUUUUGUUUUCCUUCCCGGUCGCUGUUAUUCUUCUACUUUUGUCUUGGAUUUGGCUUCAAUGGCUUUUCUUAGGAUUCAACUUUAAGGAGAUGUUCAAGUGUGGCAAAACCAAAACACUCAAAGAAAAAGCUUGUGCCGAGGUGAUCAAGCAAGAAUAUGAAAAACUUGGGCCAAUGAGGUAUCAAGAAAUCGUGACCUUGGUGAUCUUCAUUGUAAUGGCCUUGCUCUGGUUCAGUCGGGACCCUGGCUUUGUCACUGGUUGGUCGGUCCUGUUUUCAGAGUACCCGGGUUAUGUUACAGAUUCAACUGUUGCCUUAGUUGCAGGAAUCCUUUUCUUUCUAAUUCCAGCCAAGAAACUGACAAAAAUGACAUCCACAGGAGAUAUUAUUGCUUUUGAUUAUUCUCCCCUGAUUACUUGGAAAGAAUUCCAGUCAUUCAUGCCCUGGGACAUAGCCAUUCUCGUUGGUGGAGGCUUUGCCCUGGCAGAUGGUUGUCAGGUAUCAGGACUAUCUAGCUGGAUAGGAAGUAAAUUAUCUCCUUUAGGUUCGUUACCAGUUUGGCUAAUAAUUCUGAUAUCCUCUUUGAUUGUCACAUCUUUGACAGAGGUAGCCAGCAACCCAGCUACCAUUACCAUUCUGUUCCCCAUAUUAUCUCCUUUGGCUGAAGCCAUUCAUGUGAACCCUCUUCACAUUUUGCUGCCAUCCACACUUUGUACCUCAUUUGCAUUUCUCCUGCCAGUUGCAAAUCCACCCAAUGCCAUUGUGUUUUCAUAUGGCCACCUGAAAGUCAUUGACAUGGUUAAAGCUGGACUCGGAGUAAACAUUUUGGGUGUUGCUGUGGUGAUGCUGGGCAUGUUCACCUGGAUCGAACCUAUGUUUAACCUCCACGAAUAUCCCUCCUGGGCUCCUGACAUUGUUAAUCAGACCAUGCCAUGACACACACACAAGAGCUACCAGUUUGCGGUGGCUUCAGGACUCGCUAAGAAUGACUGUACGGUACAGCCGGAUUGGACUGGCACACGCGAAUCUUCGAUGCAGCUAUUCCAAUUGCAGAGCGUGCCCCACACAUGCCCCUGUCAACCUCAUAAGACAGAGUUCAUAUCUUUUGAAAUACAAUCAACGUGCAUCUACCCGCCUUCGUCCAGAAAUCAAGGUUGAGACGGCAUCGGCAGACCAGCUACAUGCUCUUUGUCCAUUAUAAUGACACUUAAGGACCUUCAAAAAAGUUAGGCCAUCCGUCCGUCGCAUCUUAAAUUCGGAGUUCAUUGGGACAUUUCAAACAUCAAUUCACUAUUUGAAAUUUUUCUUAUGAAACUAAAGGCAGAAAAUAAAGUGUGAAAGUAAACGAGACACAUGGAUAAAUCAUUUCCACAGUGUUUAUCUAGGGAAUUCGCUAAACCAUCAAGCUAAGGUUACUUGGUGUAAUGUAUAGAGAAGUGUGUAUUUAUUUAUUGAAAAGUCUAACUGCACUGUUACUAAAGUACAGACAGGACAAGUUUAAAUUACAAUAGUUACAAGUUCCAAAAUUUAUGAAUCUGUUUGAUAGUAAGAAAUUUAUAAUGAUUAAUUUCUACUUGUUCAAAUAAACAGGCUAGUAUUUAUGCUUCUAUGGGUUCUGUACCGAGCAAUGCAUUUUGAGUAGCUAUGAAUAAAUAAAUUAUGAUUUGCAGUAUUUUUUACAGUACAGUUAGAAAAGCUAUGCAUUAAAGCUAUUAACACAUGGUCGUAAUGUAUAACUUUUGCAUCUGUCAGAACUGAAUCACAAUCCUUCAGGAGGGAAUCUUUCCUUUACUCUAAAAUAGGAAAAAAAUAAAUAAACCCUCUGGGUUUACAAAUUUGGAAGAGCAUAUCCAGAAGUGUGUUAAUUGCUAUCUAGUACUAUGGGAAUGGGAACCUGUAACAAUUCUGUUGUAGACACCGACGCUUGGGUUCGCAGAUGUCCAGGAAGUGGCUAUGGCAGGAUAAAAUCAUAAAACACUCAAAAGCUCUUCUUUAUAUCAUUCCUGUCACUUUAUUCUAAUUAAAUUCAUUUUUAUUUUAAAAA